AUGCAUUUCGUGCGACAUUCUUCAUUAAGACAGAGUCCUUCUAUGGACUCAUCGAGAUAAAGAAAACGGGACAAGACAUCUCGAAGUUGCUCGCAGAUUUUCGACACAGUUUUACUAUUUAUCACUGUUGUCUGGGUGCCACUUUGUUUCCUGCAGUGAAACUUUCAAAUCAAAAGAGCUAGAGAGUAUGGAUCUCCUGGCUGCAAAGACGACGGCGCUCCUGCUAGCCUUUCAGGUAACUCUUCUUACCGGAAGCGCCAUGGCCACCACCGAAUGCUCCACCCCACUUCCGGGGGUGAGGAAGAUGGUGACAGGCGUAGACAUCACAGAGCUGGACCUUGUGCCUCUAGACUUCAGGGGCAGUCGCGGCAUUCGCAGUCCAGUCAUCAACUUUACCUGCAACAGAGAUAGGUCCUGGAUUUCUGAGACCGGGGUCCCGUUCCAGCUUCCUGAUCAGGUGUGGCACACAUCCUCCGUCCCCGGGGGCUGGAUUUCCUCUUACGUCCAGAUCUACAAGACUUCCAGCGAAGUGAGGAGGAACCUCCAGCAGUCGGUCGGAGGGGAAAGCUCGAUCUGGAAAUUCUCCUUCUCCGCCAGCCGCUCCUACACCAUGAUGCAGGAUACCAUCACCAACGAGUCCAGGUAUAUCUCUGACGUGUCGGCGUUCGAAUCCGCGAAGAAAGUCCGCCUCAUCCCGAGUUUGAUUCUCAACUUGGAUCACAUCGCUCAGAUGUUUCUUGACCAUUUGGUGACAGGGAAUUUCUCCUCCAAUCCUGACGCGUACAGACUGUUCAUCAAUGAGUUCGGCACGCACUACUUUUCCACCGGUGAAUUCGGUGGUUACAUCCGGGUGCUUCACGAGACUGACACGUCUUACUUUCACUCUCACACCGACAGACAAGUGGAGACCAACGCCCGGGCGGCUUUUAUGAGCGUCAUAUCAGCCAAUGGUGGGCGGGUUUCUGGCUCAACGAACGUUGAUUCGUCCUUCAGCAGAUCCUCCACGAGGACAGUGAGAUACUACGGAGGCAACUCGAACCUGCUGGCUGAGAACGGUAUCCAGUCAUGGCAACCAUCAGUCGACAGAGAUCCUUGGCUCUUCUCCGGAAAACUGACGCCAAUCAGCUCUCUGAUCAAGGACCCCAUCAAGAAAUCUUCCAUGGUUCUAGCCGUCAAGCAAUACGUGAUGGAGAAAUACUUGGUGGAGCUUUUGCGCCUCAUCAGCUUCGCUAAAUCUAAAGUUCCUUCUUCUGUUCUCAACACUCUGGAGCAGAGAGUUGUUGCAAUGCAACAGUUGUCGGUGCUGGUAGAAAGUGACGUCACGGCUUUAGGACAUGAGGUAGAGCGACAUUUAGUCGUUCCCGAUUGGUUUAGAGGUCAGACGCAGUUGUGCUACAAAUGGCGGCCUGACGGACACGGCGGACAGUGUGGCGGAGGCGCGGCGCGUCGACUUUGCGCAAAACCAGACAGGAUGACACCUUUCUACCGCGACGAUACAGACGGGCGAUCCGGCGGCUGUCGCAUGCAGUGGGGCAUCACCUCAUCGGGCUACGAGUCUUGGUUCUCCAGCGUGAGAAUCUGCUACCGCUGGUACCCAGACGGGAACGGCGGGCAGUGCGGCGGCGGCGCCAGGCGUGAACUUUGCGCCGGUAUCAAUGGGUUCAGCGGCGAGUAUCGAGACGACACAGACAAUCGAGGCGGGGGCUGCCGCAUGAGCUGGAGGCUGGUGGUGCCCGGCAGCGCGCCGCUCUGGAUGAAAACGGCGCGUUUGUGCUUCUCCUGGUACCCGGACGGUAACGGCGGGCAGUGCGGGGGACCGUCGCGGGAUCUUUGCGCCACUGCCAACAGCUGGACGAGCUACUACAGAGACGACACGGACAACCGAUCGGGCGGGUGUCGCAUGAGUUGGGGGAUACGUCUACAGUUGUAGACCUGCUGGUGAAAGAGGGGGGGGGAUGGGAGGAGAGGGAGGGGGAGGGAGAGAGGGAGAGGGAGAGAGAGAGAGAGAGAGAGAGAGAGAGAGAGAGAGAGAGAGAGAGAGAGAGAGAGGGAGAGAGAGAGAGAGAGAGAGAGAGAGAGGGGGGGGGGGGGUUGGAAUUUGACAAUCUGACUUUUAAAAAAUCCCAUGUUGUUCUGAGAACUGCUUAUAAAAAGAUAACAAUUAAAUUGUUAAAACUUUUUUGGUA